AUGGACAACACUGACAGAACGCGUUUGUAUAUCCAUAGAAGUCAUUCUGCCCCAAGCCUAUUGACCCAUAUGCUCGAACCAGUCAAGAGCGGUUUCUUGGAUACUGGAGCAGAAGCAUACGCAUGCCAAACUAUGUCACCUAAUCUUAGAAAUAGAUUUAGCCUGAUGAAAAGUAACAUUCCUUCAACACCAGUUGUAGUGAACGAUCAUGCACCUUGCCAAUUAUCUACUAAUGUUUCUCAAAAUCAUAAGCAGGACAAUGAAUCGGUUAAUUUUAUUCAGUGGAAUACCCCGGUACUUCAAGUAAAUUUCAGAGAUUGGUAUAUCUACAAUUUCUGCAACCUCUCAAACGUACGAACAUUGUCCAGAAUACAAACAAUAUGUGACCCUCUUGAGCCCAUCGUGAAAUUUUAUUUUGUUUUCUGGAGUAUCAGUGGUGAGACGGAGUUCUAUAUUGUGUCAAUUCCAACGUUUAUAUGGAUCGGAUUUCCCUUAGCCGCGUUGGAGGUUGCAUCCAUGCUCUGCGUGACACAGUACCUAACCGGUACUCUCAAGGACCUCUGCUGCUGCCCACGCCCACCAUGCCCACCACUGAGUAUGCGUGGGAGGCAUAAGACACACAGCACGGAGUAUGGGUUUCCAAGCACACACUCUAGUAAUGGUGUCAUCUUUAGCUAUUUCAUUUAUCGCCAGUUGCACCAUCACAUACCAAGACUAAAAUAUCUGUGGUUGUUCGUUGCCCUUUUAUUCUCCAUCAAUGUAAGCUACUCAAGGCUUUACCUAGGCAUGCACUGGAUCGGGGAUGUCAUAGGAGGAUGGCUUGUCGCAAUUCUGUGUGUUCUAAACCAUACACUUUAUUUAAAUUACCUUGAAUACAAGUUAGUGAAUAUGAAUAAUCCUCCUUGGUGGUGCUAUCUUUUAGUUUAUGUAGUAAUUCAUAUCCUUGCCAUUAUCCACGCUACUCCACAUGACCCAUGCCAAUGCUACCUCGAUAGCUUGCGCUUUUUAGGUGUGACGAUGGGCGCUCUUUAUGGGUUUUGGAUCUUUAAAUCCGUGUAUGGCACCCUCACAGCACGAACAUUUUCUGGAAACAUUUUAAAUUUUCUCAUGUCCUAUAGGUUCUGGUUGCAGUGGGCUGUGUGUAUUGUAAUGGUGAUAAUUUCAAAAGAGCUGUCUGCUCUUUUAGGAAUUAUAGUUCUUAAACGAGUAUUUAAAUUUUUGUCUGGUGCCUACGCGGGUGCAUUCCCACCGCGCGUGCGCCGUGUUUAUCUUAUUUUUGCGCUACUGGUAGGCUAUACUACCCGUGGUCGCUUACGUAGGCCUUGUUUUACUACUCUGCAAAAUUCUACGGCUAUGAAUUUAGUAAAUGAAUUCCAGACCCCACAGGAACAAGAAAACGUCGUUAUGCUAUGUGAAAUCAGUCAGGGCGGGGAUUGCAAUGGUGACCUGACUUGCAUUUCGUCCCAUAGUAAUGAAGCUGGCACUACUACGGUGGUGUUAGCCGCUAGGGAGCAGCAGCAGCAGCAAAAUGUUGGAAAGGCCGAGUGUUCAAACCAGGCAGAGCGUCUUUCACCUAACGAAGAUGAGGGAUAUCUCAACGAAUACCAGGUGUGGUCUUUGCGUACUCACAAGCACUGGUGGCUUUGGGAGGCUCACAAAUAUACCUUUUCAUAUGCUGUGAUGGGGUUUGUUGUAGUAUACAUUUCUCAAGUACUUCUUAUAAAAGUUUUCAAAAUUAAGUAA